AUGGAUGAUCCAGCGGGCCCGUCCAAAAGAUUACGGAAAACAACGAGCAGGGAAGGUAUGUUGACUUCAGAGGAUUUAAACCAUAUUAUGAACUGGUCUUCCGAUGAAGAUAUUGACAGUGGAAGUAGUUGGAGUGGAGGUAAUCGAGAAUAUAUUGACAGUAGUGACGAUGAGGAAGAAAACCCAGAACAGGCAGAACCAAAUGUUGUAGUUCAACAAAAUCAAGAUAUACCAAAUGAUCUGAUGUCUGGUAACAACCCAUAUGAUUUUUUUAAAUUAUGCGCGAACGAAACCCUUUUUACUUUUAUAGUAGAACAAACUAAUUCUUAUGCUGAAGAAAUAUUUUUAAGUGAAAAUAUAACGGAUAAAUCUAGAAUUACCAAAUGGAAAAUAUUAACUGUAGCUGAAUUCAAAGUAUUUUUGGGUCUUCUUUAUCAUAUGGGAACUAUUCGUACGAAUAGACUACAAGAUUAUUGGAAGAGGGGCUAUCUUUUUGACCUGCCAUGUUUUAACUCUCGUAUGUGUAGAGAUAGAUGGAUGUUAAUUUUACGUUGUUUACAUUUUGCGAAAAAUCCAGCACAAGAUGAUGCGCCCCAACCUAGCAAUCGUUUGUAUAAAAUUAACCCUCUUCUAGAUAUAUUUCAUGAAAAUAUCGAUCAAAUUCAAUAUCCAACAAGAGUGCUUGCUAUAGAUGAGUCUAUGGUUCUGUGGAGAGGCCGUUUGGUUUUUCGUCAAUUUAUUCACGGAAAAAGACAUAAAUAUGGAAUUAAAAUGUAUGUUAUGACAGAUUCAUUGGGAUUUGUUUUAAAAUGUAUAAUUUAUUCUGGUUCAAAUGAUACUGAAGUUGGAGGUAAAGGUCAUGUAACUAAUGUUGUGAAAAAAUUAUUAGAAGGCAAAUUAGGAGUUGGUCAUAGUAUAUACAUGGAUAAUUAUUAUAAUAGUGUGGAGUUAGCUCAAUACCUUUUAAACAAUAAUACAUAUUGUACUGGCACUUUGCGUGCAAAUAGGAAGAAUAAUCCUCAAGAAGUAAUUAAAAAACAUUUAAACAAAGGAGAAAUGAUUCAAAGGUUUACUCAAGAAGGUACUUGUAUAAUGAAGUGGAGAGAUAGGAGAGACGUACUUGUAAUAUCAACAGAAUAUGACGGAACUUUGGUGGAAGAAAUUAAUAAAAAGGGAAACCAAAUUACAAAACCGAAAGCUAUACUUCAAUACAACAAGUUUAUGGGGGGCAUAGAUCAUUCAGAUCAAAUGUUAUCCUAUUACUCAUGUGAACAUAAAACUAUGAGAUGGUAUAAAAAACUAGGUAUUCACAUUCUCCAAAUUAUUUUAGUAAACAGCCAUAAUUUAUUCAACAGAUAUAGUGGAUCAAAACUUAAUUUAUACGAUUUUCGUUUAUCUGUCAUUGAAACAUUGAUAAAAGAAGGACUGGAAACUACUUUAGCACCACGUUUUACUCCUCAACCCAAAACAGGAAAUCACUAUCCAAAAAUGGUCGAAAGAAAUGAAAACAAAAAGAAAAAAGUUCGUCGAUGCCAAGAGUGUAUUAAAACCAAAAAACGUUCGGAAACUGAUAUCUACUGCCCAACAUGCCCAG